AAGGAGCAGUCAGUGCUCGUCGGACAGUCGUCGACUGGAAUUCAAAAUAAGCACAUCGCGUCAACACGGAAACAGCAGAGCGUGAGCGGGUAGUUUGGAGUCCUGGAUCUUUGCGAAAAAAAGAGUACUCUAGAAGCCGGUUCCGUUACAUUCACACAGCGCACCACGCUCUGUCUACGUGUAGCUUUUCUGUGCAUUAUUUUCGUCUUAUCAGGAGAGAAUGUACGGGAGAUGAUAAGAGGCAUUCAAAAUUAAGUUUUUUUUUCGAGUAGCGCGCUCUGCGAACCUGACGAGCUUAUUUUCAAUAUUAGUCUGCUCUUGGGGUGCCUGGCUGGCGUUCGUAUUUCUAGUUGUGGAAAGGCUGGUUUGACUGGACUGGUUUUGUACGGUGACUUCUUCUUAGUUUUUCUUCAAGAACUGUGAGAUUAACUUAAAGCCAUGAGUAGUUUGUCGCGAUUCCGCUUGAUUACCUUCGACGUCCACAACACUUUGCUGCAAAUCCGAUCAGCUCCGGGCAAGAAAUAUGGCGAACUUGGGGCCAUGUUCGGUAUCAGCAACAAUAAGAAUCAGCUGGUGGCCAAUUACGUGCAGAGUUGGCACAAAAUGAACCGGCUACAUCCGAACUUUGGACUGAAGACUAAAAUAGGAUACAAGCAGUGGUGGCAAAUGAUGAUCGGAGGUAUUUUCAACGAAAAUGGCACUCACAACAUUCCGGAAGACAAAAUCGAACAGAUGACCGAGCAUUUCAUGGAGUUUUUCAAAACCAGCGGCUUCUGGCAGCACUGCUACGGCUCGAUCGACUUCCUGAACUACCUGAAACUGCAGCGGCACAUCGAAGCGAACGGAAACGGCAAAGAGCCCCCGUUCAAGCUGGGAGUCGUUUCCAACUUCGAUCCCAGGCUGGACGUUCUGCUGAGAAACAUGAAGAUCAACCACUACUUUGACUUUGUGCUCAACUCGUACGACGUUGGGUUCAUGAAACCUACCAAGGAGAUAUUCGCCACCGCCAUGAAGGCAUCCGAACUGAAGGACCUGAAGCCGAGCGAAUGUUUGCACAUCGGGGCCACACCCGCGACGGAUUACUUCGGGGCACGGAACGCCGGCUGGUACGGGCUGUUGGUUCACGAGAAAUCCGCUGAAGAUCUUACUCGAAAAUAUGGACAGCUGGUGGAUGACAACCACGUGUUCUCUAGUCUUUUUGAUAUUCACAAGAAAAUUUCCAACGAUUACAUGAAAUGGUAAAUAAAGUGUUAAAAAUAAA